UGUUGCCACAGUGAAAUUGUAGAUGGAACCAUAGAAUCAUCUCUGCAAGUUCAGUUCGGAGGACAUUCAUGGUCUUACCCCAUCAACUGCCGGGACCAGGAAGAUGCCAGGAGCACAUUUGUUGUCAGAGAAGAGGAAUAAACAAAAGAGGACAAUUUCCAUAAAGAAGGAAAUAGAAAGACUAUCUUCAGCAGCGAAGGAGGCAGUAGCAGAAAACGAAACUGAGAAAAAGAAGACAGCAGCAACUUUGAAAUUACCCAAAGAAUGGGAUAAAGUAAUGGUAGCAAAAACCGCAGCGAAAACCAUGCUAGCCCGUACAAGAGAAGAAGCCAAGAUCCGAAGGCAAUGGAGGGUAUCUGCCUACAAGGGGGACACGGUUUUGAAAACGUACCCAGAUGACCUACUGCCCAAGGACAUAACUUCCUUAUCACCAGCCGAGAUAAAGCGCUUUUUGCUUUUUGUUGAACCCACGAAGGUUAGCGCCAGUGAUUCGACUGAAACCAUCCACAGCUGUCGAGAAAGCAAGCAUUGGGAUAUGUUUGCGGAGCCAGUCUCGGAACAGCAGAAACGCCUCAUUGGGGUGCUGAAGGCUUCUGAGGCUCGAAACCGAAUCCGAGCGCUUCGACUUCGAUAUACACGGAUGAGGGCUGAAGAGAUAAAGCACCUAAUUAGCAGGCAGAAAACAGCCCGGGCAGCAAUCCGACUUGAACUAUUCCUGCCGCCUCAUCUGAAUCCCACGAAGAUCCCGGACUGUCUGGACAGACAGGCAUCGAGUAGAGGCCAUCCUGGAAGAAAAGAACAGCAAUGCCAAGUUCAGAUGAUUUGGAGGAACCAACGAGGGAUCAUUUGUCCUACCACUUCAAGCUCUGGACGAAAAAGAAAAAGUAAAAAAAAAAAAAAAAAAAAAAAAAAGACAAAUUUAUUCCCUCUGAGACUCUUUCUUUUAUCUUCUAUCAUAGUAUCCCUGAUGGCAUGCCCAAGACUCUAAAUUGAUAACCAUAAAUUGGGUACCUGUACCCAUAUUCUGGUUUAGCAUCACACAAACAAGCUGCCUUGGUUCAGGCAACAUCACAAACAAGCCAAUGGAUACAGGCAUCAGGCAACACUUUACUGAAAUCUAGAUUAGGAAUGCUUAUUGAAAAAAAUUGCAUGCAUUUCAACAGAAUAUCUGACAAAGUCUCUUACCCUUGUGGAUAAGGAGGAGAAAUAAGGGUUAAAUGUCCCAAACUAAAUUUGGAACUAAUCAAAUGACUGGGCCCAAAGGUUAGUCUCUCUAAUGGAAGGUCUCAAGAGAAAUACUCUACAAAUUAGUCCUGGGUCUUGUACUAUUCAAUAUUAUUAUCAGUAACUUGAAUAAUGCUAUAGAAUGCUGUUUAAAACAAGUUUUGUAGAUGAGCUGACGUUGAGGAAGAUAGGCAACAGGUUGGGUGAAAAAAGUCAAAUACACAAAUUCAGGAGUAGGGGAAACUUUUCUAGACAACAGUUCAAGUGCAAAGGAGUGAAUACAACUCAAUAUGAGUCAAGAAAAUGACAUGGCAGCCAAAAAGUCGACUGUGAUCUUGGAGCAAAUUGAUAGAAGCAGAGUAGUCUGAUCACAGACUACAUCUGGGGCAUUACGUGCUGGGCAACACAUUUUAGGAAAGGCACUGAUAAGUUAGAGUGUAUAUAAAAGAAUAUGAAACUAUACUUCACAAGGAUUAAUUGAAACACCUGUAGAUAUUUUUCCAGGAAAAGCGAAGACUUGGGGAGAAUAUAACUUUUUAAGUAUUUGAAAAUCUGUCAUGUCAAAGACUUGCUUAGCCAACCUUAGAGAACAGAACUAAAGAUAAUAGGUAGAAAUUUCAGAGGCAGAUCCCUACCCAACAAUUAGAGCUGUCCAAAUGUUUAAGGGGUGCCAAAGGAAAAAGCAUAUUCCCUAACACUGGAGGUUUUCAAAUAGAGGAUAAAGCAACAUUUGUGAAGUGAUCCCUGCUCAGAUACUAGCUGGAUUAGUUGGCCUUUGAGGUCCCAUCUUAAAGAUUCAAUAAGUAUGAUUUCCUUCAUUCUCUAUAUGUCUUGGUUUUUUGCUGUUGUUGAAUUACAUCUAACUCUUUGUGAGUUAGACUCUUAGAAGCAUUUUCUUAGCAAGGAUUCUGGAGUGGUUUGUCAUUUUCUUCAGUAAAUUCAGAGAUUCACACAUAAUAGUGCAAAACUGAAGCCAGAUUUGAAUUUGGGUCUUCCUGACUCCAAGCUCAGCACUCUAUUAGCUGAGUCACUAAAUGCCAAUAACAAA